UGCGCACAUCGAGUCUAAAACAAUGGUGCGUGCACUGUCGAUCUUCGUGCUCGUCAUUGCGCUGGCCUGCGUAGCCUCCUACCCGUCAUCGCGCCGACAACGAGGACGCGAACGUGGUGGAUGGCGCAGUGGGCAAGGUGGAGACGCGGGGCUAGUGCAACAGCGACAGCAGAAGCAGGAGGAGGAGGAGCAUCAGUUGCAGCAGCCACAAAUACAGCAGAAGCCACAGCCGCCGCCGCAACUGGGACAGCAGCAAGAACAGCAGCAGCAGUUACAAGAGCAACAGGCACAGCAGAAACCACAGCUGCCACUCGGACAGCAGCAAGAACAGGAGCAGCAUUCACAACAGCAACAGGUACAGCAGAAGCCACAGCUGGGACAGCAGCGGCAGUCACCACAGCAAGAGCUACAGGAGCAGCUUCAGCAGCGGCAACACCUUACACCGCCACAGAAGCGACUAGAGGAUCCUCCGAAUCCACUUCAGCAGCCAGAGCAGGAACAACAACAAGCGCUAUCCCUGUCAGCGAAACCACAACCACAGCCGGGGCAGCAGCAGCUCCAGCAGCAGCAGAACUUGUUCUCACGACGCCCGAAGCCAUCACCAGUUUUGCAAAAUCCACAGAUGCAGGAGCAGCAGCAGCUUCAGCAGAUGCUGUCGCCAUCGCAGCGGCCAUCGCAGAAGCCGGAGUCGCUGCAACAGCUCCAGCAAGAGCAGCAGUCAUUGUCAAUGCAGAAGCCAGUACGUAAACCACGGCAGCCACGCCGGCGUCAACAGCAGAGGCUGUCACGUCUUCAGAAGCCACUUCAAGAGCUCGAGCAGCCGCAUCAGCAGCAACAGCAGCGCAUAUUGCCACCACAGCAGCCACAGCAGAAUUCGCCGAAGCCAGAUCUACAUCAGCAAGAGCAGCAGCUCCAGCAGCUGCAGCAGGUAUUGUCGCCACAGAAUUCAGACAGGAAUUCAACGAAUCCGGGCCUUCAGCAGCAACAGCAGGUAUUGGUACUACAGCAGCCAUCUCAGCAACCUGAGCCGCAGCAAGAGCAGCUCCAGCAAGGGCCGCAGGUAUCAUCGCCACAGAAGCCAGAGCGGAAUUCGGCGAAGCUAGACCUGCAGCAGCAACAGCAGCAGGUAUUGCCACCACAUCAGUCCUCGCAGCACUCUGAGCAGCAGCAGCAAAUUCAGCAACAGCAACCGCUAUUAGCACCACAGACACCACAGCAAAACUCGCCGAGCCCAGGCCUGCAACAUCGACAGCAUCAGGUAUUGCCAAUACAGCCGUCACCGCAGCUCGCUGAACAGCAGCAGCAGCAGCAGCAGCAGCAGCAGCUCCAGCAAGAGCACCAGCUAUUGACACCACAGAAGCCAGAGCAUAGUACACCGAAGCCAGACCUGCCGCAGCCACAAAUUCAGAUGCCACUCCACCAGCCAUCACAGCACCAUGAGCAGCAGCAGCAUCCGGGCCAGCAACAACUGCAGCUAUCGCCGCCACAGAAGCCAUCACAGAGUUCUCAGCAGCCAGACCUUCUGCAGCAGCAGCAGUCCCAGACUCAAACACCACUGCAGCAGCCCGAGCAUCCGAAUGAGCAGCAGCAGCAGCAGUCACGCCUAUUGACGCCACAAGAGUCAUCACAGCAACAGCAGAUCUUGUCGCAAUUAAAGCCACCGCAAAAUACGCAGAAGCGGGAGCCGCAUGAACAGCUGCAGCAGCAGACACCGACUCAAAUAGCACUGCAGCCACCUGAGCAGCCGGAUCAGCAGGAGCGGCAGCAACAGGCUCCGCAGUCGCUGGAAACACAGCAACAGGAAAAGCAGCAGCAAGAAGAGCCAGUUCAGGAGCAACGGCAAAAGUCACGACGUCGAAAGAGGAAACGUUUGCAGCGAAACCUGCAGUAAACCAUGCAGCAAGCAUUCGAUGUUACUGUGUUCAAAGACUGCGAACAUAAACUGAUUGCAGCUGAUCAGUGUAAAGAAGCAUAAUAAAAUUCGGGUUCCUUAUA